ACAUUUUGAGAAAAAUUCCGUCGUCGCUUUUUUGCUGUUGCUGUUGAAAAUUGCAAUUAUAACUAUAACCAAAUUGAUUAAGCGGUGUCCCCUGAUGGCCUUUGUAAUAAAUCAAGUGCGCGCACCGGGCUACGCGAGGAAAGAAGAUUGAAAAAACAUUUUUUCCUACGCAGCAGAAGCAUUGAACGCGCGCGUGUGUGAGUGUGUGCGAGUGCCACAGAAAGUUGCAAGAAGCUAAGUGCUCAGUUGUUAAAUAUUUCAUGUGCUUGAUUUAUGCAAUAAUAUAAAUCAGCGAAUUCAGCUUAUAUGCAUCAAAAUGCGAAACGAAAGCAGAAAAAUGUGAAAAAACCAAUGGGAAUUUCUCAAUGUUGUCAAUACAGCGAGAGCGAGAAGCAGCAGCAGCAGCAGCGCCAUCCGUAGCGUAGCCGUCUGCGGUAGCAGCGCUGCCAGCGUCAACGUACAAAAAGUCAAAAGCAAACGAGGAGAAUGAAAUAACAGGAAAAAAGAAAAGAAAAAAGCUGAGCCACAGCAAAGCAAGAAGAAACGCGAAGCACGGGCUAAAGAAAAAUCGAAAAAUUAAAAAAAACGCAUACAUAUAGAUGUAUUUGUGGCUGUAUGCGUGCGAGUGAGAUUCUGUGCCUGUGUGUGGUGUGAGUGAAACGUAUAAAUAAAAUUCAGCCAAAUGCAGAAACCAACAACAAAAUGGAUAACAAAACUAAACAGUUGGAUUUUAAAUUACUGGUGGAUCAGUCACUAAAUCUACUGGACAGCCUCAAUACGGCAUUGCGGUGCGAUGCUAUACAGUUUUUGCUGCAGACGCUCAAGUGCAAGUAUCCGGACGCCUGCGACCAAGUCGUCAGGAAUCUAUUCAGUCACAUAACCAAUGAUAAUGUCGGAGGGCUGGCCGUGCGCCAGGAGCUAGCGAAGAGCGAGCAGCUCACGCAGCUGCUGUUGGCCACCAAAAAGGAGAAAAAAGAAAAACCGGAGCCAGACAGCGGUGGCGGUGGGACCGAUCCAGAGAUCAAGCGGGAGCAUGUUGUGCAGGAAGACGAAGCGGAGGAGGCGGGCUCCACGGAUCUGAAUCAAAACUUUGAGAAAAUCCUCUGCAAAGAGGAGUUUCUGGGCCUCGACGACGAGGAGGAGGACUUCCUCCAUGAUCCGGACACUGAGAAUUCGUCUUCCCUGCAAUUCCAGGCUGGCAACCAUGUGGAUGCACUCGGUCCUGGUGAUCCGCUAGAUCUGAUUCAAGGCGGUGGCUCCCUCCUGGUCAAGCGGAAGUACGAGGCGACUUUCGGUGCCGAGGUGGCAGAGGAGAACCACCUGGAUGAGGAUGAGGAUGUGGCCAAUGGCAGCACCAACGGCAGCAGCAGCGACGGCAAGCUGGUCAAGCGGAUGCGAACCAAUAACAUGCACGUGGCUGUAGCUGUGGGGGUGGGUGUGGGUGUGGGGUUGGGGUUGGCGAGUGUGAGGAGGAAAGAGGAGAGAUCCAGCCUAGGCGAGGGCUACGUCUUCCACGAGGACAGCCAGUACACGCUGCGAUAUCACCACAGUACCGGGGAGUUCAGUGAGCGGGCUUUUAAGGCUCAGUUCCGUGCUCUGUUGCGCCUGGCGCUGAGUCAGCACCACAAGCCUUUCCUCAAGCAGUUCUACGAGAACUUUGUGGAGAACGGGCGGCUAAUGGGCACUACGCCCUCGACGAGAGUGUUGAAGGAGCUCCGGGAUCAGCGAUUGGAAGAGUGGCGGAGGCAGCGGGAGCGUCGCCAACUGGUCAGCCUAAUGAAGGAGGAAGAGAUUAAGCAGCAGGAAAUCCAGAAUCAGCAAGAGAUUCAGGAGAAACAGGAACUGCAAGACCAAGAGCACCUGCUACUGGAUCGGGAGCAAGAGCCAGAACAGGAGCAGGAGCAGGAGCAGGAGCUGGUCCCACAGCUGCCUGCCAUCUCAUUCGGCGACUCGGAGAUCGAGAUGGAGUCGGAAACGGAAUCACAGCUCUCGUCGGCAGCUCAAGAGAUUAUGAAGUUUGAAGAGUUCAUUGACGACGGUGUAGGCGCAGGACGUCUUAUCGAUGGUCUGGAAAUGGAGCCGGAGAUAGAUGACAUGCUCGCUGGCGCCGGCAGUGCCCUGUGCAGCGUCAACAGUGCGAGCGGCAACAGCAGCAACAGCAGCAGCAGUGGGAGUGGGAAUGGUAAUGGGAAUGGAAUAGGAAUCGGAAUCAGCGGGGUUGUCCUGGAGAACAAUAGUCAUCAUUCGCAUCACCUAAGUAGCAGCAGCAGUGCAAAUCUUGUGAUCAACGGCCUUACGUCAAGCAAUAGCAUCAACAGCAGCAACAUAAACAACAACAAUAAUAAUAAUAACAAUAAUGGCAGUCUACACUGUCAGCCAAUGGCCCUGCACGGGCACGGGCAGGGGCAGGGACAGGAUCUGAGACCGGUGCAGGAGCAGAUAGCACCAGGCAAGCCAUCGCUACAUCUGCCCAUGAACAUGCCCCUGGAGAGCAGAGACCUGAAGGGCAGCAGCAGUCAGCAGGGACACAUCAUGAUUUCGGGAGGAGGUAGCUCUAGCGUCCACGCCAAUGAGAUUCAGCAGCUCCAUCAGCAUCCAAAUCACUACAACUCGAGCAACAAUCCCCUCUCCAUGAUGGGUGGCAUGAUGCAACAGCAGCACGUGAAUCUGCAGCAACAGCAGCAGCAUCAGAUGAUGCAGGGACAGUUCCAGCAGCAUGGCGUCUCCAUGAUGAACAACCGCCAGGUGCCUGCUCUGGCUGCCUUGUCGAACCUGGGAGAUGAUUCGCCAGUUUCGAGCAAUGUCUGUGGCCAGCUAAACUCCUCGCUGGAGCUGGACGACAAUGAUCUGUCGCCUGACGAGGAUGACGACGAGCUGGACACUGAGCUGGAUGAAAUGGAUGCGGCCAAGCAGCAACUGAUCGAUGGCGGCAGCAGCAGCAGCACCUCGCUGCAGGCGCCGCCCUCUCAGCAUGGCAGCGGUAGUGGCGGCAGUGGGGGACACACGCCUGGCAGCAAAAAGGACAAGCCCAUCUACAAUUGCCUUUUGUGUCCAAAGUCCUAUCGCAAGCGAAAAUCUCUGCUGGAUCACUAUAAAAUGCAUCCGGGCUUCUGUCACGAUUGCGGCCAACCCAAUGGCAACACGUUAGAGGAAAUAAUCCAUCACAAUCGGACGAUGCACGUGAAGGAGUUCCCGUUCGUGUGCGAAACCUGCGGCGAGUCGUACUCGCGGAAGCAACAGUUUCACGCCCAUGUCGAUUCGCACAGCAAGAAGGAUUUCAAAACCUUUCCCUGCGGCGAGUGCGGGCUGAAGUUUCCGCAGAAGAAGCUGCAGCAGCAUUUCGAGGAGACGGGACACAAGGCGGACGGCGCCAUUUGCGAGGUGUGCGGCGAAGAGUUUACAUCAAAGAACGCCCUGUACCAGCACAUAAUACGUGUGCACAAGCGAGACAACUUCUUUGAGUGCCACAUUUGCCAUAAUCGCUUCACAUUGAAGGCCAAUCUGGAGCGGCAUGUGCAGCUGCAUACGGAGGUGAAGCGCACGUAUGUGUGCGACCUGUGCGGCUCAUCCUACUACACAUAUCCCGCACUCAAAGAGCACUACAGCAACGCGCAUGUGGAUGUGUCCGAGUGCAAGUGUACGCUGUGCGGCAAGCGCUUCGGGUCGGCCAAGUCGCUGCAAAGGCAUCUGCCGUCUCACUCGGAGGAGCGACCGCAUUGCUGCAACUACUGCGAUCAGACCUUCAAGUGGAAGACCCAUUUGGUGCGACACAAGCAGACGAUGCAUGGAAAUCAAACACCGCCGCCUAAGAAGGGAAAGCAGCGCUUCCCCAAAGCGAACGAAGAAGCUGAAAUGGCUGCUCUGCCGGAUAUGCCAGGUCCGCCGCCUGUGAAGGCUAGCAAAAAGUCAACGACCGGCAAGGCAAAGUCACUGGCUGGAGCAGGCACAGCGGGGGCUGCCCUGCAGCAACAGCAGAAGGGAUCUGCAGCGACGCCCACACCGCCGCCACCAGUUUCAACGACCCCGGGAUGCCUGCAGCAGGAUCAAUUCAAUGCGGCGAUGGUCAGCAGCAACAGCUCGCAGUCCUCAACGGCGUCCACGUCGCAGCAUUCGGUGUCGACGAGUGAAUCUCAGCAGAAUUCCAUGUACAAUCAGAGCUUUAACGCUGAGAAACUGCCGCCAGGCCAACAAGCGCCGCCGCCGCCUCCACAACAGCAGCAGCCACCGCCACCACCACCAAAUGCUUUGCACCAGCAACAUCCGACGCCACCUCCAACACAACAACAACAACAGCAGCAGCAGCAACCGCGUGCCAGCCCGGCUGACAUGCAUUUGCAGCGAAUGAAUAGCUUCGGGCAGGAGGGGCAGUUUCACUUUGAGGCGGGCCAAGCGGCGGGAAGCUAUCAGCAGCACCAGCUGAUCAGUCAGUAUCAGCAGCAGCAGCAACAGCAUCUGAGGAGUCACACUCCACAGAGUCCACAUGCUGCACAUCCUCCACAUCCAACGCAUCCAUCGCAGAUCCAGCAGCAGCAGCAACCGCAGCACUUCAGUUCCCCUCACCAUAUGCCGCCAAUGCACCACCAGCACCAGCUGAUGAUGCAGCAGCAGCAUCGUCAUAACCAGCGUUCGCCAUUGCACCACCAUCCCUCAACGCAGCAGCUGCAGCAGCAGCAUCAGCAGCCGUCGCAUUCCCCACAGCAUGCGAGACUGCAGUCGCCGCAACCUCCGCCAGUACAACAACAACAACAGCAGCAGCAGCAGCAACAGCAACAAUUCCUGCAACAACAGGCCGCAGAUUCGUGGGGCAACAUGAACUUUGGCAAUCCCCCCAACAACCAGCAGGAGCUGAAGGAUAACAAAUUCUAUAUUGUAGAUUCGGCCGAGUUUCUAGGGCUUCCAAUGAAUGUGCCGCCAGCCCAACAGCAGCCACCACAAACUGUGAGCAAACCGCAGCAGCAGCAGCAGCAACCGCCGCCGCAACCACAACAGCAGCCCCAACAAGAUCCCGCUCUAGCUGGUGAUCUUAUGAGCUUCCAGCACAUGUGGCCGGCGCCCGGUUUCAGUCAGGGACCACAGCAACAGCAGCAGCCCCAGCAGCAACAGCCGCAGGGGCAGGCCAAUCCGGGAGAUCCUCACAAUUACAACAACAUCGGCAGUAUACUCACGAAUCUCAUUGACAGCCCCGCCCCAAUGGAGUACAACUUCGACUUGAUCCAGCAUCAGCAGCAGCAGCAGCAGCAACAGCAGCAGCAGCCGACGGCUCAGCAGCAGCAGCAGGCGGCGCAACAGCAACAUCACAAUGCAGGAGGCUAUCCGGGUGGCUUGAUGCGAAGUGGCCCGGUUUACGGGGGAGCCUAUGAGCAGCAUAUGAGCGAGCAGCUGGUCAGUGAGCAGCAGAAGCAAAACAGUUUUCAGCCCUAUCACUUGCAUGGCCAGCAGGCACAACAUCCCCACUUACUGCCGCCAGCUGCAACGCAUGGCAAUGUGUACGAGCGGACAGGAGUCGGUGUGGGCGUCGGAUACUCCAUGCUAGGUGACGAGUCAAAGGCCGUGCUGCCCCCGAUGAUGGGCGGAAUGAUGCAGCAAAUGCCACCCCACGGACAGCAGCCAGAUCUAAUCUACUAUCCAGUGAAAAACGAUUGACAGGCGAAGCAUCCGCAUCCCCAUACCCAUACCCAUACCCAUCAGCAGCAAGCUCCAGCUGCUGCUCUAGCUCAGGAACAGCAGCACCCGAAUAACCACCAUCAACAUCAUCGCUGGUGGACGGAGGAGACAGCCAAGAGAGGCGAUGUGUUUCAUUGAGGAAACGAAGAGACAUCAGAAAAAACAGGACACGAGAGCGAAGCAGGAGAGGUUCGCUUAGAUAGUAAGUGAAUGUGAGUGAAAUUGUGGAUACUUUGGGAUGCGAUAGAGAGUUGUAGAUAAGGGGUAAAUCCAUACGAGAUUUUGGAAUCUAGAGCAAUACAAUACAGAUUAGAGCGGCAAGUGCUCAGAAUUCUAAUCCGACCGGCGCUAUGAUACGUGUAUAAAUGUAAUCAUUUACAACAGUACAUAAAAUAAACAAAAUUAAGAGUAUAUACGGAUAUACAUACAUAUAAAUAUAUAUAUGCGUAUGUAUAUAAAAAUAUAUCUACAGACAUAUAAAUAGUAGCACGUAAGCGAAGGACACGCGAAAAGAAAAGGAAUAAAAAAAAGCUAUAAAUAAUAUAAAUAAUAAUUAUACAUAAAUUAUAUGAAACAUAUAAAAAUUAGUGUCUAAGUAAAACUACUAACAAUAACGUCAGACCACGAGCAACUUUCGAACAAAUUUUAUGCUUAUUUAACAUUUACGAUACGAGUUCAUGCAGUUGCAUGUUGCAUGCAACAGACACCCCACACACAAAUACGUAUGUACCCAACAACCCAUACACAUACUCGUACAAUAUCUUCAUAUUUAAACCGAAGACAGACAUACUGACUGACAGACGGACCCCUAUAUAUUGUAGAUGAGAUUUAUUUGAGCUUGGGUCGGGUCGCUGGGUCCAUGCAUCACAAGUAGAAACGACGCUCAGAGCCCGGGCCGAAAAGCCACACACAAAGUUGUAACCAUAUCAUGAGGCCUCCCCCUCCUCCCCUUUCCCGUAUAAUUAAUUGUACUAUCGUUAGUACUUGUUAUUUUCUAUUUAGUUAAUGAAUUGAUUACGAAUUACACUUGUAACGCCUUUCCGACGAUUACCGCCAGCCACACUUUUGUUAGAUUAGUGCCUAAGUCUAGUUGAUAUCAUAUCCCAAUGUAUACCCAUGCCCCCCUCAGCAUCUUGU